AGAGUUGGGUUUGUUGGGGGAUUGCUUGGCUUCAGCGUGGGAGCGCGAUGGGGCCUGUCUGGCCUUAGGCCGCUUGGAAGGCGAGUGAUUCCUUUCUUCUGAGGUUAGUCCCGUUGUGCUGAUGCGGAGAGGCGAGAUGGUGUGGUUUGGCAGCGAGAGGGAGAACCGUCCGAGUCGCACAGCCCAUGACGAUGUUUCAUGCUGAGUGUAAGCCAAGAUAUCAUGAAAGUCAGGACACAUUGGCAAGUGAGCCAUCUUCUAAAAGAAUGAAAUCAACUGAAGAGCCUUAUGGUAAAUCCUAUGAAGGACUGCAAAGACUUUAUGAGGAAAUACAUGUUAAAAAAACCCACAGUGGAUUUAUUCCUUUGUCCACCCUAUCUGAUGAUGAAGAGGCACAAGAACAUGAAACUACAAAAGUCCUGAACCCAUUUAAAGAGGAGUUCCGUAGUGAAAAAACACUGCUAUCUGAAUCUUCAAAUUCAAUAAACAAUAAUAAGUUUAUGGGAAAUAAAUGUAUUUUCUUUACCAACAGUGCUGAUGUAGUCAGUGUUAGAGAAAACAAUACAUCUAGCAGAAAACAUAAGAAUGAAGGAGAGACUGAAGUGUAUAGCACAAGCAAAGCAUUUAUUGGACCCAUUUAUAAAAGUGAAGCUGAUUGUCAACAUGACAAAAGGAAAAAGGGUCUUGGUGGCAACUAUCCUAAAUUGUCAAAUGCAGCACUUGGUAGAAAUUCUAAGAGAGAAAUGGUACCAAAACAGGGUCUCCCCUGUGAUCUACCAAAAAUAGAAGAUGAACUGUCUCAGUUCUAUAGUGAAAUUAAUCAGCUUGAAAGUGAUGAGAAUCAGUUGGAUGAUCACUUACAGAGGGCAGAAGCAGACUCUCAUGGACACCCUGGGGAAUAUAACAAAUGGAAUCAAAUAACUUGUGUAAACUCUCAAGACUGGUCCUAUAGCAGAACAUCACCUAACUGUAGUGGUGAUGGUCAAUGUUUUUAUAAUGCAUCAGGUGAUCAUAAAACACACAGUGAACAAUAUCCCUAUUAUGACCCAAAGGGUCCCAGAACUGGCAACAGUCCGUGCUUUGACAAUGAAAGGAAAGAAUGGGAAACUGGACAAUUAUGUAAUAAUAAACAGGCAGGUUCUAGAUUCUUCAAUGAAUCUAUGCCUCAGUUUAGGCCUGGUUGGCAACAUACACAUCCACUUAUAAUACCUUGUGGCCCACCGCCUCCUCAAUUCACUCCUUUUAAUUUUCAAGAACCUAAUUCCUCAUCACGUUGGUCAGAUAUUUAUCCUUCAAAUGUGGGACCAUUUGAAAACACUCAUAUUAACAUGAGCAGUUCAGCAUUUGAGCAAAAUAGUGAGUGUACUGGUCAUUUUGGUGUUCCUAAUACACAAAACACCAGGAAUGGAUGUAAUGUCCCUGAUGGACACGUGGAUAAUGGUUUCUAUGAAGCCAAAGCAUGUUGGAAAGACAUCAAAACACACCAGACUGAAGGAUUAAGCAGUGUUUCUUACCAGUUUCUAGAGGGCAAAUUAUUUGAGUCACAAAAGUUGCUCUUAAUCUUAAGAGGCCUUCCAGGUUCAGGGAAAACAUCAUUGUCUCGUAUUCUGCUUGGCCAGAGUCAUGAUGGCAUUGUAUUCAGCACUGAUGAUUACUUUCGUCAGCAAGAUGGAUGUUGGUCAUAUAAUAUUGGUCAACUUGGUGCUGCUCAUGACUGGAACCAGAAGAGAGCAAAACAAGCAAUGGACCAAGGAAAAUCCCCCAUUAUAAUAGACAACACUAAUACACAAGCCUGGGAAAUGAAGCCUUAUGUGGAAGCGGCUCUAGAAAAAGGCUACAAAGUGGAAUUCCUUGAACCAAACACAUGGUGGAAAUUUGACCCCGGAGAAUUAGAAAAGAGGAAUGAACAUGGGGUCAGUCGUGAGAAGAUUUUUCAAAUGCUGGAAAGAUAUGAAUAUCAAAUGUCAAUACCCAUUGUAAUGAAUUCGGUGCUGCCUUUUCACAAAACUUCACAAAGGCCACCUCCACAAAGAAGACAGAGGGAAGCAAUUGUAAAGAAGAAGCACAGAUUGCACAAAAUGAAACAGAGGAGAAGACGAAAGAGAAACAAAAAAAUGAAGGGUGCUGCUAUUAAAGCAAUGGAAAAAAAUUCAGGUGUCCAUUUAACUCCAAGUGAUGAACCAUCACAGAGUGGAGUGGAGGAGUCAGAAGAUGAUGGAAAAUCAGAAUUUGAGACUGGGUAUCCAAAUGAGCCUAAAGAAGGUGGUGAGAAUGGCACUGUAAAUGAUGAUCUGAAACCUGAGUUGCAAAAAGGGAAAUCCCUUGUUCCUGACUCUGUGGAUCCAGAAACUUUAGACAAUUCACUGAAAAUGUAUGAUGUUGCAGGAGAUGCUGAACUGUCUCUGAGUGUGCCAUCUGUUCCAAAUGAAAGCAUAACUGAACAGUCAUUCGGUGAUGAUUGGACAGAUAGAAUCCAAAGUAACAUUAUUGUGGAAAGCAAGAACAAUAUUUUGGAGCGUAACAAACAAAGCUCCACCCUAAAAUUGGACUCCAGCAGCAAGGAAACUUCUGCUGCCCUGUCAAAUGUGAAAGGCAAAACUACAUCUACUAAAACUAAAUCUGAAUUGGGUGCAGAAAGUAAACAGUUAGAUGAUGUGAAGGAAGUAACAAUUUCUUGUGAGUGCAAGACAUCAACAAAGAAUGAAACAAAUACCUGGGCUUUCUUUUCUUGUGAUUUGGCUGACAGGCAGGCCCACACUAGCUCUGAUAAAACGGAAUCCUGUUUAACUUGGUCUGAGGGGACAUCUGAGGUCAAGUAUGAGCAAAGACCAAAGAAGAUGAGAAGGCCUAAGCAGAUCUUUUCAGAGAAAAUAGAACAAACUGAUUAUACAUCUAAAAAACUAGAAAGAGAAGGUAAUGGAGAAGCCUUACAUGGAGAUAAUGGUAUAACAGAUUUUGCUUUACCAUUACCACUGACCAUGAAUAUUCAGAAAUUGCCACGCAUUGAAAUGGGUGGUUUUUCUACGGAAUCUGUUACAUCACUUGAAACAGAGUUAUUAGUAAAUAUACAUCCAAGUAAUGUUAAUAUUUAUUCUUCAAGGAAAAAAGGAAGAUGUAAAAGGAUCUUCAAGUUGGCCCCAAACUUUGAUAGACCAAGGCAGAUUGCUGUCAGAAAGGAUGAAAAAGUGCUCAAGGAUAUAAAUUUAUUGAUGCAACAAGAGGAAACUUCCAACAAAGUGACUAGAGAAAAGAACAAGCAAAACCUUUGCUGCCAUGAGCGUCCUGCACCUUCUAGUUGUAAUGUAAUAGUGGAAUCUCCUCCUCAUUUUGAUGUAAAAUCUUUAUGUAAUAAUUCUAGCCAACUUGCAGAAGAAUCUGUGGACUCUUUAAUGACAGUAGCUGCUUCUCCAAUUAAAAAAAGUACCCCUGUUCCUUGUGAAGCUCCUUUGCCUAGUGAGGGACAAACUGUUGCCUUUGACCAAACUGUGCAAAUUAACACAGUAGAAAUGGGAGGGGGGAAAUCUCCAGAUGUUUCAACUACUCAACCAGAUAUUUUGCAUUCAGUUAAAGAAACUGCUGAAUGCCUUGCCAAUUCUGCUGCUGAAAACUCUGAACAGACACAACGAAUUCAUGAAACUGAGCCAACAAAGUGUUCCCAAAUUGGAGAUGAUCAAGAUCCUCUAAAUACUAAGCCCUAUUUAGUGGGACUUCCUUUAUCACUAGGAUUUGCACUUCAACUAGUAGAACGUUUUGGUUCUCCAGGAGUCCCAUUGGACAAUUUAUUGCCAGAUGAUUAUGUAGUCCCCCUUGAUUGGGCAACAUCAAAGGAGAUCCAUUUACAGUGGAAGACAUCUGUGGAGAAGAAACAGAAAAAUUUUAGAUCAAAAGAAGAUAAUUCCUUGCCUGUAAACUUUUUUCUGAAAGCAAUGGGAAAGACAACUAGCAACAGCCCAAUUAAAUAUUUAUCAUUGUUCCAUCUGCAGUGUUGGUGCAACUACCCUGGAAGAUUCAAAGAAAGAUGGUCAAAAGAGUUGAAUCUCCUGAAGAAACCCCACAAAUGCGCUUGGAAAAACCAUCAACACUUGGACAAAUCUUUAGCUACAAUAUCUCUGUAACAAUUAUAACUAAUCUGAAUUUGUCUAAAAAAAACACAAACAUCCACAUCUUGUGCAAAAAGAAUUUGUUCAAUUUUGGCAUUACCAUGGAUGGACUCCAAUUAACAACCAGCUACAAUAAAUGUAAACAACAAUGAUGAGAGGAAAUAUAUAAUAUCCAGGUUGUUGAAUCCAUGACUUGCAGUCAUGUUGUUACUUUCCAGCUUAUGUAGCCUUUGCUUUUCCCCUCUUUGAAAUAAAGUUGAGUUUUUGAGAUUA